AUGUUGGCACGUCUUGAACACACUUUAUACGUGAGUCUUUGCCAUAGAGAAUAAGUUUCGAUUUUAUUGCGCGGCUUGCUCAAAUUAAAAAAAAAAUGAAACCGAAACCAGAAUUAAAUACCGAAGAAGCGUGGAUUAAAUUGCAACAAUAUUUUGACGUAAAUGGAUCGAAAAUUAAUAUAUAUAGUCUUUUUCAACAAAAUCCAAAACGUUUCGAAAACUUUAGUUUAGAAAUUCCUACUCCUGAAGAUGGGCCAAUUUUGCUUGAUUAUUCCAAGAAUCGCCUUACUGAAGAAGCAUUGCAAUUAUUAUUGAAAUUGGCACAAGCGCGUGAAAUAGAAGCUGCAAGAGAUGCCAUGUUUAGUGGAGAGAAAAUUAAUUUUACAGAGAAUAGAGCAGUUUUACAUACUGCAUUACGCAAUAGACUUAAUAAGCCAAUAUUAAUUGAUAAUAAAGAUGUAAUGCCAGAAGUAAAUGCUGUAUUGAAUCAUAUGAAACAGUUUACUAAUGAGGUUCUUUCAAAACAAUGGAAAGGUUUUACUGGUAAACCAAUCGAAGAUAUUGUUAAUAUUGGAAUUGGUGGUUCAGAUUUGGGUCCUUUAAUGGUAACCGAAGCAUUGAAGGCAUUUCAUGUUGGACCACGAGUACAUUUUGUUAGUAACAUAGAUGGAACUCAUAUAGCUGAAACUUUAAAAAAAUUGAAUCCAGAAACAACUCUUUUCAUAAUAGCAUCGAAAACGUUUACCACUCAAGAGACUAUUACAAAUGCUACUUCUGCUAAAAUAUGGCUUUUAGAAACUUUAAAAAAUCCUGCAGCAGUUGCAUGCCAUUUUGUUGCAUUAUCUACUAACAAUCAAAAAGUGAAAGAAUUUGGUAUCGAUGAGAAAAAUAUGUUUGGAUUUUGGGACUGGGUUGGAGGACGUUAUUCAUUAUGGUCAGCUAUUGGUUUAUCAAUUUCUUUAUCUAUUGGGUUUGAAAAUUUUGAAAAAUUAUUGGAUGGAGCAUAUUUUAUGGAUCAGCAUUUUUGUAGUGCUCCAUUGGAGAAAAAUGCACCAGUUAUAUUAGCUCUUCUUGGAAUAUGGUAUCACAAUUUCUACAAAGUUGAAACACAUGCAUUGUUACCAUAUGAUCAAUAUUUACAUAGAUUUGCUGCUUAUUUCCAACAAGGAGAUAUGGAGAGUAAUGGGAAAUAUGUGACUCGUGCAGGAAAAACUGUCAAUUAUGGCACUGGUCCAAUUGUGUGGGGAGAACCAGGCACUAAUGGACAACAUGCAUUUUAUCAAUUAUUACAUCAAGGAACUAGACUUGUUCCUGCUGAUUUUAUAAUUCCAAUACAAUCACAUAAUAAGGUUCAAGGAAAUCUUCAUCAUAAAAUAUUGCUUGCAAAUUGUUUUGCACAAACCGAAGCUUUGAUGAAAGGCAAAAAUGAGAAUGAAGUACGAGUUGAGUUGCAAAAAGCAGGAAUAAGUCCUGAACAAAUAAAUUUAUUAUUGCCACAUAAAAUAUUUGAAGGAAACAGACCUACUAAUACUAUUCUUCUUAAGAAGAUAACACCUUUUAUUCUUGGAGCAUUGAUUGCGAUGUACGAGCAUAAAAUCUUUGUACAAGGAAUUAUUUGGGAUAUCAAUUCAUUUGAUCAAUGGGGUGUUGAAUUAGGUAAGCAGUUGGCAAAGAUAAUUGAACCUGAAUUAGAAAGCACUCAAACAAUUACAAGCCAUGAUUCAUCAACAAACGGAUUGAUUGCAUUUGCUAAGAAUCAUAGUUUAUAAAAGUUCCUCAAAUGAUAUAAAAUGAAUAAUUGAAUUAUAAUAAUAACUUAGUAAUUGUUAAUUGUUACAGACAAAAUUAUGUUAAAAUGUAUUCAAAAUGUUAUAGAAAAAUAAUUUUUUAAUAUUCUUUUAUUAAUUAUUUUCACAAACUGUAUUUAAUAUAUUUAGUGAUAUUAUACAGUUUGAAAUGUAUAUCAUAUCGAUGUACUCGAUUGAAGUACUAUAAAUGAAAAGUGUAAAAUAUUGUAAAUUGUUAAGUGAUAUAUAAUAUAUAAAAAUUAUUUAAUGAAAUAA